AAGGUCAGGUACCCUAAACCCGGUCGAUCCAACCCUACGAUUAAGCUUCAUUACAUCGAUUUGACUCAAUUGCAUGACUAUAACGGCUCGAUCGGUAAACUAACCGUUCAUUUAAAGCCACCCAAAGAUAUCACAGAUUAUGGAGAUCAUUAUCUGACAACAUUAAAAUGGAUAGAUGACAAUGUUGUGGCUGCGAAUUGGAUGAACCGAGCUCAAAACUUCUCGGUCAUGACCUGCUAUAGUAGUCGAGCCAAUUUGGAGCCAAUCUCUAAUUUCAAAUUACAAUCGAGUAAUGGAUGGAUAGACUUGUUUAAGCCGCCUGUCGUCACACCAGACCGCGAGUCCUAUAUAUUAAGAGUACCCAAAAUGAGUGACAACAAGAAGGAUGUGUUUCCACACAUCGCCAAAGUGUCCGUUUCGUCGGCCGAAUCAUCAUUUUUAACGUCCGGUAUAUUUGAAGUAAAAGAAAUCCUAAGCAUAAAUCCAGAAACUGAUAAAAUAUAUUUUAUGGCAACGCUUGCGUCAAAUCCGGGAGAAAAGCAUUUAAUGAGCGCUCCGUUAAAUGAGUCGUCGGCAAAGACAACACCCGUCUGUCACACGUGUCUUAUGAACACAUAUACCACCGACAAGAAUAAGACAUGUCUGGUGUCUGACGUCGAGUUCAGUGAAGGCGCCAAACAUUACAUCUUAAACUGUUUGGGACCUCAUAUUCCGCGAUCGGAGAUCAGGAGUACUGCCGACGACCGCCUCCUCUAUACACUCAAAGAGAACAAACAAUUGAAGAAUAAAACUAAAGGCCUUUCGCUUCCCAAAAGGAUUUUAAUGAAGGUUCCGGUGGGAGGCUAUGAGAUCGAUGUAAUGCUUUAUGUGCCGCACGAUUUCGAUAGCAAAUCAAAGCAAAAAUAUCCACUAGUUUUCAACGUUUAUGGCGGACCCGGCAGUGACAGCGGAUCCGUUUCGCAAAACUACUUUUACAAUCAAUUCGGCGCUUAUUUGGUCUCAAAUAAAAGUGUGAUUUACGCCUAUUUGGACACCAGAGGCAGCGCAAGUCACGGCUCAAAGUUUAUGUUUGAAAUUUAUCGCCGAUUGGGAACCGUUGAGGUCGACGACACUAUAGAAGUGGCCCGUUAUUUUCGUGAUAAAGUGCCCUAUAUCGAUUCUAAGUCCAUAGCCAUAUGGGGCUGGUCUUAUGGAGGAUAUGUGGCCACAAAGGCAUUAGAAAACGAUUACAACGACACUGUA